CGGAGCAGCUCGCGAGGGCGGAAGUGAGGAGCUGCUGCACGGAGGCGGGAGCUGUCGCGCAUACUGUGGUGGGCGAGCCGCUGAUAUGGCGCUUUCCAGGAGUCUCGCGGUUUCUCUGGCAAUCCUGGUGGUGUUGCUUUGGUGGGCUCCCACGACCCACGCGCGGCGGAGCGACGUGCGCAUCAUCACGGACGGGAACUGGAAAGAGUUGCUGGAAGGAGAGUGGAUGAUAGAAUUUUAUGCUCCGUGGUGUCCUGCUUGUCAAAAUCUUCAGCCAGAAUGGGAAAGUUUUGCUGAAUGGGGAGAAGAUCUUGAGGUUAAUGUUGGAAAAGUAGAUGUCACAGAGCAACCAGGACUGAGUGGACGAUUUAUAAUAACUGCUCUUCCUACUAUUUAUCAUUGUAAAGAUGGUGAAUUUAGGCGUUAUCAGGGCCCACGGACUAAGAAGGACUUCAUAAACUUUAUAAGUGAAAAAGAAUGGAAGAGUAUUGAACCUGUUUCAUCAUGGUUUGGUCCAGGUUCUGUUCUGAUGAGUAGUAUGUCAGCACUCUUUCAGCUAUCUAUGUGGAUCAGGGCUUGCCAUAACUAUUUUACUGAAGACCUUGGAUUACCAGUGUGGGGAUCAUACACAGUUUUUGCUUUAGCAACCCUGCUUUCAGGACUCUUUUUGGGACUUUGUAUGAUAUUUGUGGCAGAUUGCCUUUGUCCUUCAAAAAGGCGCAGACCACAACCAUACCCUUCAAAAAAAUUAUUAUCAGAAUCUUCUCAACCUUUGAAAAAAGUGGAGGAGGAACAAGAGACUGAUGAAGAAGAUAUGUCCGAAGAAGAAGCUGCAAGUAAAGAAGGAACAAACAAAGACUUUGCACAGAAUGCCAUAAGACAGCGUUCUGUGGGUCCUUCGUCGGCCACGGAGAAAUCCUAGUUAAUUUUUAUAAAUAUCUUAAUAUUAUGAUUUUGACAAAAACAGAAGAUUGAAAGUUUCUUUUGGUUUGGAGUGAACUGUGACUUCCUUGUACGUUGCAGGGUUCAUUCCAGAUUGUCAUUAGAUUGAGCAGGCUACCUUCAGAAAAUAAAAGUAGCACUAGGUAUAAAUGUUUGAAAUAUGAUUUACGAACAGCAUGUUGGUUUAAGUAGUUCUUUAACCUUUGAAAAAUCUGGUGCCAAGCAAUAAAAUUUCGGUAUGUUUGUUGAAUAAGAACUUGUUUGAAGUCUGAGUUGAGAAUUUACAUUUUCCAAGUAUUGCAUUUUUGAGGUAUUUAAGAAGAGGUAGUAACGAAUUUACUUUAUAGAGAGAAAGAUUUCUCAUUUGAUAUGAUUUUUCUCAGUUUCACUGUGUGAAAAAAAACAUAUUUCCCAUAGAUGGGAAUUUUGCCCAUAUUCUCAAGAAUUGUAUAUUUCAGUGACAGCUCUUUGGUCUUUUUAGAGAUAUAGUCCAAAUUUUCCUCUUAUUUUUAGAUUACACAACUAAUAAAAACUAUCUUUAAUUACAGUUUUCUACAUAUGUUGAUAAUACAGGAUAUGCUAUUGAUUUAGGCAACUUUUACAAGUCCUUGAUGAUGUCCUGAUUCCUUUAAAGGUCGAUGAUUGCCUCUUUUGCCUCCCCUCCGUUCAGUGUAUGGUUUGUAUUUUUCCUAUUCGCCUUGGGUUACUUUUUUAAUUUUCCAAAUCAGAUGGUAAUUGUCUGGAAAUUUUUCCAUGUUUUGGUAAAUAGUGCUUUUUGGUCUUGUUUCAAACUGAUAAAGUUUACUGAGGGAUCUUUAAAAUUGAAGAGCUAUCUACAAAAUAUUUAAAAUUUUGGCCACUCAUCUCAGAUUCUACAUUUAUUCUUGUUGAACCUCUACUUGAACUUUUUUUUUUCUUUUUUGGAUGUGAAGUUGAACAUUCCUGAUUUUUAUUUGGUGUUAUAUAAAAGCCUUACAUUUCAAAAGCUGACAGAAGCUUAAUUUGAUAAAAGACAAAGUUUGCAUUCUACUCAGGAAAAAAAUACGUGUUUUCAAUGUAUUUUUGUCCUCAUAUACAGGAAGUUCCUAAUUGAUUUUACCAAGUCAAUGUAUGCUUGAUGUUUUUAAAUCAUAACAUGUUCUUGGAAAGAUGAACUCUAUCUUCUGCUGUGCUUUCUUGACUUAAAAUGUGUGGUGUUUGACAGGUGGAAAUCGGCAGGAUGGAACAUUAAAUGUAUUUUUAUUUUGUAAAGAAAUAGAACACAGAGUUUUUCACUUACAGGAAAGAAGGGGAGGGCAGUGGAGGGACUAUUAGCCACAAGCAGGGGGAAACCAUAAAUAUUCAGAAUGAAUCACCUGUUCAUUGUGAUAGAUGGUUUUUGUAAUGCUCCCUUUCUUCCAGGUUCUGCUGCAGUGUGAAUUCGCUAGAUUUAUAGCAUCAUAACGUACGGCUGUUUUCUUUCAAGCCUUCUCUAGAAUGUUAAAUAUUCUAUCAUUGAAGAGUCUGGAUGUAUAGUUUUGUAAUGCUUUAGAAAAAUAUUCUAAGCACGAAAUAAACUUUUUAAAGCACUUAAAA